UGUUUAUAAGGAAGUGAGCGCCUUGAAGCAGCAGCACAUUUGCCUCUGUGCAGACUAAAGUGGAUACCAUCAGACAGCAUGAGAUCCCUCGUCCUGUUUGUGUGCCUGUCAGUGGGCUGCCUAGCUCAGAGACCACAUAUAUGCAGAUCCCCGCCGCUGCUGACUGGAAGGCUCUCUGUGUCCACCCAAAGUGAGAAGCUGACAGCCUAUGCCAAGUACAGCUAUGACGCACUGGGAAAGCGCAUCCGCCUCAGAGAGUUUGGAUCUUACAACAACAUGACCUUCCACUCUGAUGUACUUCUACUCUACAGACAGGGUGUUAUGUAUAAGAUAAACUACAGGGACCGCACAUGUUGCAAGAAGCACCUGUGCACACGCUUCCACCCGCUGGAGAUCCCACGGAAUGCGUCCCUGCUAGGACAGGUUGUGUUGGGCAGCUCCUCUGGACCAGGACAGGGACUCCUGGUCAACACCUGGGUGGGAGAGAUGAAGCUGAGAAAUGGAACAGCAAAGUACAUGAGUACUGUCACUGAGUUUGGAUGUGUUCCAGUCAGCACUCUGUUUUAUACAGAAAAGAGUGGAUGGGUCGUGACAAGCUUCUUCAACAACGUCAUUGGACUAGAGGACCCUCAGCAGCUCAACCCUCCAACCUUCUGUGAGGACGCCCUGCUGGAAGAAGAGGAUGGAGAGGAUCCAGAAACCUUCUUCAGCUUGUUUUAAAAUAGACUAUUUUCAGAUAUGUGGUGCACUGUGAUGAUGACUACUGUGAACGAGUCUUUGCACUGUAUUAUUACUUUUUCAUGUCUUUGGUGUAGUGGAAUUUGUGAACAAGCUGUCUGUGGGUUAAAAUUAUGUGAAACUUCAAUGUCCUGGAAUAACACUUUUUGUUGCGACAGCUCAGGAGAUUGGGGGAGAUUGUGACCAUAUUUCACAGUUGGUUGAAUAGAUGACACUUUUGACUCAAAGGUCAAAGGUCAUUGUGACCUCAAAAUAGAUUUUUAGCAAUACUUUAAGAAUGAAUUGGGUGAUUUCAGAUUUCAUACAAAUUGACAAUGAGUAAACAAAAACUACCACAGUACGGGCUUUCCUCCAUCUCGUCAAUUCUGCCUUUCACUUCCUCCAUCGUUCUGAAUUUAGACCGUCAUCUGAAUCAUGUGACUACAAACCUGUCUUAAAGCACGCCUAGCUAAUCGUGAUCCUGUGAGUGAGUGAGUGAGUUUCACCUACACCUCAUAGAGAAGCUUUGCAUUGAAAAACACCAGGGGAAAACAAAAGCACCCCAAGUGUGUAGCUCUGCUCCAUCUUAUGGUUACACAUUAAGUACCUGUUUAGCCAAUAUAUCUUUGAUAAUCCUUCAUUAAUCACAUUAACAAUGUAUAUUCACUGGAAUCAUACAUAACGUAUCAUCAAUAUUGUGAUAACUUCCAUUUAGUCAAAAAAUAAAACCAUGGGGUGGUGAUUCUAGUUCCUAGAUGCUGUAAACAGGACAAUCUGGAGACUGGCAGUCAUGAAAUGCAAUAAGGCUUCCAAAGAAUUUGACAAUUUAUUUGUUUGUUUCGUUGACAUAUAUUGCUGCUUAAUGUUGUUUGCUCAAUAUGUUCUUUGUAAAUUCAUCUAUUUUUAAUAAUCACAUUUAAAACUAUCAAUAAUACACAGCUAAUAACAAUCAACUCUUCCUUAUUUGUCUUUAAUUUUCUAACAUUCUUCCUAUUAAUAAUCAUAUAAAUAAAUACAUUUUUAUAAUCA